AUUGAAGUACAGUCUUCUUAAUAUGUUGAAUAUAACUUGCUAACAUUUUAUUAAGGAUUUUUGCAUCUGUGUUCAUCAGGGAUACUGGUGUGUAGUUUUCUUUCCUUGUGUCCUUUCCUGAUUUUGGUAUCAGGGUGAUACUGGCUUCAUAGGAUGAUUUGGGGAGUAUUCCCUCCUUUUCUCUUUCAUGGAAUACAUUGAGGAACACUGACAUUAGUUCUUUAAAUGUGUUAGAAUUCAGGUGAGAAUCCAUCUGGUUUUAAGUUGGGAGACUUCAUUUCUUUGUUGGGAGACUUCAUUACUGCUUUAAUUUCAUUGCUUUUUAUUGGUUGGUUUAGGUUUUAUUUUCUUGAUUCAAUUUUGAUAAGUUGUAUGUAUCCAGAAAUUUGUCCAUAUUUUUAAAUUUUUGGAAUAUAAGUUUUCAAAGUAGCCCCUAAUGAUGCUCUGGAUUUCAGAAAUGUGUGAAGAUGUCCUUUUUAAUCUCUAAUUUUAUUAGUUUGGGUCUUUCUUUGGGUUACUUUUUAAGGGAACAUUUAAGGCAAAAGUGUUAGAAAUUCAAAAGGCAGUUAAAGUGUCUUGUGUAAUAAUUAUUACUUUCAGCAUAGAAAAACCUGAAUUUCAUAGCCUUUUCUUAAUUUAGUCUUUCUUCUCUUCUUUUUUUUCUCCAAAUUUACACUACUUGGACAACUAUAAUUUUUGUUGUUGUUAUGCCUGACAUCUUUAUGUAACAUUGUUAUUGCUCUUUAACUGGUGUGCAUAUCCUGUUUUUGAAAUGUUAAUCCCCAGUUUUCUCUUUGUGUACAGUACAGUAGCCAUUUACUGCAUACCUCCAUUCUGCUAGGGACUGGACUAUAUAGGAAAAAGUGAAGAUUCAGUCAGGACCUUUUUCCUAAUUUUAAGAGGUCAUUAUUCUGAAAUAGGAAUAUACUAGGGAACCAGACACAUGGUUCUUGCAGUUCAGGGGUAAUUACCAAUUCUAAUUCUUGAAGUAUUAUUAUUGUUACUAUUUUUAUUUUUCCAGUGUUGGGGACCAAACUCAGGACCUUGUGCAUGUGAAGCAAGCAUUUUACCACUGAGCUACAUCCCCAGCCCUUAAGUAAUCGUUUUAAAAUUUUUAUUUACUUGUUUACUUUUACCAUGUUCUAAGUUCUUUCAUAGUACUUUUAUGAAAAGUAUUCAAGUAUGAAUCCAUGUUAUCAGAUUUUCUUAGCCUAUGUCCAUUUACAUACCUAUCCACUAUCUAGAUCCUGCUACAUAUAUGUUAAACAGGUAUUUGAGGUAUAAUUGACAUAGUAAAAUACAUACUAUUUUUUUCAAAUGCACUUUUUAAAGUCUAUAAUUUGGUAAGUGUUGGCAUGUGUAUGCAAUUGGAAUAUGUCAUCAGAAUUAAGAUAAUGAACAUAUCAGUCAUGCUCCAAAGUUUCUUGUGUCACUUUGUCAUCCUUUCUUUUAAGCCCCCUUUCCUUUCUCAUGUUUCUUGUCCACUGAUCUGCUUUCUGUCACUAUUAGUUUGAGUUUUCCAAAGUAUCUUUAUCUGGUUUUGGUAUUGGGAUAAUUCUGGCCUCAUAGAAUGAAUUAGGAAGUGUUCCCUCUGCUUGUGUUUUCUGGAAGAGACUAUAAGGGAUUAGUAUUUUUUCCUUAAAUGUUUGGUAGAACAUCACUGAAACUGUCUUCCCCAGCCUCUCCUUGCUCUCUUCUGGGGUGAGCUGAUCGAAGGUCUUGGAGUCCUCUUUGCCCAGGAAGGCCUUGUGGUCGUACUGGAAACUCUGGUUGUCCUCUGGCGGCCGCUCGCCCAGCUCUGAGUCGGGCCUCACCACGCGCUCCUUGCGCACCAUGGGCUUGGCCCGCAGCGCCCGCAGGAGCCCCAGGAGGCGGCAGGGGCCGCUGCGCGCCCUGGUCCGGAGGAGAGGGCGGCCGCGAGGGAGGCAGGAGCGGGCGACACGAGCGGCGGAUCAGCUUUCCCCCAGAUAUGCAGCUGCUUGCUUGCCUGCAAGCAGCCAGGGGUCUUGCCAAGUUGCUGAAGCUGGGUUCAAACUUGUGAUUCUCUUGCUGCAACCUCCUGAGUUGCUGGGAUUACCACUAUACCAGGAGAUGUGGCCCUCAAGAAUCUUGAAGUCAAAGAAAAUGCCCUGUAUCCUUUGGUGUUCAAAAGUUUUUAAUUUGAUAAAGAGUCAACUGGAUGUGCCCUUUAAAGUUAAAGUUGGUCAUAUUGGUAAUCUUAAACUUAGAAUUCCAUGGAAAAACCUUUAUACUCAACCAUUUGAAGCUGUAUUAGAAGAUAUUUAUUUACUCAUAGUGCCUUCUUCCAGAAUAAAAUAUGAUCCUUUAAAGGAAGAAAAACAACUCCUAGAAGCAAAGCAACAGGAAUUAAAAAGAAUAGAAGAAACAAAGCAAAAAGUAGUUGAUCAAG